AUGGAGUCUAAGGCACAGAUAGAGAAUUGUAAAAAAGUAACAGUAGAUGACAUAGCCGCUGCAAGACGAGUUAUGGAAUGCAGGGUCACAGCCACUUGUCUGCCAGGGUCAAGGGCGACUGCGACGACCACAGGUAUAUAUACGACGAGACACAAGAUGGUCUUAGAACACAUUCCACCUACCGCCGUCAUGACAGCCAUUCAGCGAAGUGUUCAUGACUCAAACCAAGACCUUAUAUGUGAGCAGGUGUUCCUCGCGUUGGCUCUUUCCACCUCCGUCCUCUGCGACGACCUCGGGGGCUUGCUUCACGGGAAAGGCAUCCACCACGCUCCAGCCCACUACGCCUUCAACUACGGGGUUGAGGACGCCUACUUCGGCACCAACUUCGGCCACGCGGAGUCUCGCGACGGCUACAAGACGAAGGGCGUGUUCUACGUGCACCUCCCCGACGGCCGCCUCCAGACGGUCAAGUACUACGCGGACGAGCACGGCUUCCACCCCGAGGUCGCGUACUCGGGGGUCGCGCACCACGCCGCCGGUUACCACUAG